GCAAAGAUGGUAGCACUCACAAGGUUACGUUUAUUACGACGCCAUAGUGAUAAUUUCGAACGACUGAGAACACAUCUACAUGGUUCCCAGUCAAAUCAGGUGCAAUACAAUACUAGACACCGCGACGAGCUUUUGAAUGAAAUUGAGAGCAUGGAAAUAGACUCUAUGUUUGAAAAGAUAACAGGUAUACCAUCUAGGAAUAGAUCAAAGCAACAGGAUAUAAUUGAGACUCAAUCGUCCGAGGACGGACGGCCUGAAAUACCAAAAAGGAGUAAUUUAGGUCGAAAAUCACGUUUUGAUUUUGCUGAGCCCAGAUGUGAAUUUGAAAAAUUAAACACAUUUGCAUCUUUAACUAGGAGGAAAAGCGAUUUCCAGGAUCUAACCCAUCAUGAGAGGCAGGAGCUACAACGUUUAGAGGCACAUGCGCGUUUAUCCGAUCCCAGGAGCAUUUUAAACAAAAACCGAGGCAAGGUUGACCCUAGGCGUGAGGCUAAAUCUAUGUUGGGACAACUGGACAAAUUAGAUGGGCCUCCCAAUUAUAUGGAUGAAGAUGUGGAUGAUCAUAUUGGCGCUGCUAUGAUGGAGGAAAAUCGAUUUGAUGAGGUUGUUUCUAGAAUUCGUGCACAGAUUCGUUCCGAAAAACAGGAGAACAGCAAAAUCAACAAAGCUACGAUACCCACUUUUAACGGAGUUAUCGUUGAUCCUAUAGCCAAGCAUGUUCAACGUCGCCGCCUCCGCAUCAAUGCGAUGAUACAGGAUCAUCUGGAACAGAUAAUCACUGCUAACGAUCCUUCUCUAUUAUUGGGGGAUGUAAAAGGAGCUUCAAUAUCGUUGAAGAAAGUAGAGAUGGCAAGUGGUAAAUCAACAAUAAGGUGCUACUAUACAAUCCUGGGUGGUGACGGUAAAGAGGCAUAUAUACAUCAAAUGUUACAACAAGCACAGAAAAAAAUACGUUAUUUUCUAGCCCGCAAACUAGAGCUUGGGUAUACACCUCCAGUUUUAUUCAUCAAGGCCAACCAUAACGAGAUAUCACAAAUCAAACGCGCUGCCAGUUUACCAGAAAAUGCUUUUAACUUGCCUUUAGAAACAAAGAUAAAAUCGUUAGGUGACGGGUUCCACAAGAGAAUGGCAGCCUUUUGAUGUAAUAUUGAGG